AGCGCUCCAGCGCUGCGGUCCAAUAUAGCGCAUGCGCCCUGCCCGAGGACUGGCAGGGAGACGGCAAUAUGGCGAGAAUGCCUGGCAGCGGCGGCGGCGGCGGAGAGUGGAGCGGCGGCGGCGGAGGGGGAGGCGGAGGCGGCGGCGGCGGGAACAAUGCGGGGGACCGGCCGCCCGGCCGCGGCGUCGCCCCCCGCCCGCACCGCUACUGCAGCGCCGGCGAGGAGGAGGAGGGCGAGGAGGAGGAUGAGAUCCAGGAGGUGCAGAUAACGGGGGACGAGGAGGAGGAGGACGGAGCCGAUGGGGGGCUGCUGCUGGACGAGGAGGAGGAGGAGGAGGAGGAGGAAGAGGAGAUGGGUCUGGAGUGGGACGGCGAGGAGGAGACGGAGCCGCUGCCGCCCGCCCCGGGCCGUACGCCGGGCGGCGGCGGCGGCGGCAGCGGCGUCGGGGCGGCCCCGGGGGGCGCCGCGGCGGCUGCCCCGGGGGGCGGCGGCGGCGGCGGCCCCGGGGGGGCGGCGGAGGACGCGGAGCUGGAGGCGGCCCUGCUGCUGCAGCGGCCGGAGCGGGCGCGGCUGAGCGAGAACACGCGGCUGGCCACCCGCUACGCCGUGCGCAUCUUCCGCGAGUACCUGAGCGAGAAGGCGCAGAGCCCCGACUUCGAGACGAUGGACAAGGGGGCGCUCUGCCGGGUCCUGCGCUCCUUCUACGCCGAGGCGCGCUCCAAGAGCGGGCAGCUCUACUCCAAGUCCUCCCUCAUCAGCAUCCGCAGCUCCCUCAACCGCUACCUCAACGAGCCGCCCUACUGCCGCACCCUCGACCUCACCAAGGACCCCGAGCUCCGCGCCGCCAACCUCACCCUGGCCGCCGUCAUCCGCAAGCUGGAGGAGCAGGGCGCCGGGCCGGUGGUGCAGAAGCAGGCCAUCACCCGCGCCGACCUCCGCAAGCUCUACACCUGCAGCGUCUUCAGCACCCAGAGCCCCUUCGGGCUCCUCAACAAGGUCUGGUUCGAGACCUGCAUGUACUUCUGCACCCGGGGCCGGGAGAACCAGCGGGAGCUGGAGGAGGACUCCUUUGGGCUGGCCGUGGACGAGGACGGACGCAAGUUUGUCUACUUCAAGGCGCUGGGGCCCUACCACAAGUCGCGCUCGUCCUCUUGGAGCAAGAAGCGGGCGGAGAGCAGCGACGAGGAGAACCUGCCCCGCAUGUACGAGACCGGCACCGAGUUCUGCCCCUACGCCAGCUUCGUCAAGUACCUCUCCAAGCGCAACCCCCUCUGCAAGGCCUUCUUCCAGCGCCCGCGGGACCACUGCAGCGAGGGUGACAUCACCUGGUACGAGAACAAGGCCAUCGGCAAGAACCUCCUGGGCACCCGCAUGCAGAUGCUCUCAAAGGCGGCCAAGCUCUCCAAGACCUACACCAACCACUGCAUCGGCGCCGUCUCCAUCGCCACCCUCAACAGCAUUGCUGGCAUCGGCACCAAGCUGGGGGGACCGCAGCCACCACACCACCCACCCCCUCCCCACCACCACCACCACCUCCUCCACCACCCCGCCGGCGGGGGCUGCUACACCCCCGCUGCCCUCAAUGGCGGGCCGCGGCCCCGGCCGCCCGCCACCAACCCCUACGUGCUGCCCAAAGACGGUGACGCCGCGCCGGUGAAGGCAGAAGCGGCCGCGGUGGCCCCAGCCAAGCGGGCCCUCUACGAGGCGGUGUUCCCGGCGGGGGCUGCGGCUGGUGGCGAUGCCUGUGGGCCCUCUGCCUCCCCCAAAAGACUCUGCCGCCGCCCCGCUGAGCCCCUGGACGCUGCCGCGCCUGCCGUGGUGGUGGUCUCAGUGAAACACGACCCCCUGCCUCACCUCCUCCCUGAAGCCAAUGGGCACAGAAGCACCACCUCACCCACAGUAGUUUCACCUGCUAUUGUUUCCCCCACACAGGACAGUCGGCCCAAUAUGUCAAGACCUCUGAUCACUAGAUCCCCUGCAUCUCCAUUGAACAAUCAAGGCAUCCCCACUCCAGCACAGCUCACAAAAUCCAACGCACCAGUUCACAUUGAUGUGGGUGGGCACAUGUAUACCAGCAGCUUGGCCACGCUUACAAAAUAUCCUGAUUCCAGAAUCGGCCGGCUUUUCGAUGGCACAGAGCCCAUUGUCCUCGACAGUCUCAAGCAGCAUUAUUUCAUUGACAGAGAUGGGCAGAUGUUCAGAUAUAUCUUGAACUUUUUAAGGACAUCGAAACUCCUCAUUCCUGAUGAUUUCAAGGACUACAGUUUGUUAUAUGAAGAAGCAAAGUAUUUCCAGCUUCAGCCCAUGCUAGGAGAGAUGGAAAGGUGGAAACAGGACCGGGAGAGUGGCCGCUUCUCAAAGUCUUGUGAGUGCCUGGUGGUACGAGUUGCCCCAGAUCUUGGAGAGAGGAUUACACUGAGUGGCGAUAAGUCAUUGAUAGAAGAAGUGUUUCCAGAAAUCGGAGACGUGAUGUGUAAUUCCGUCAACGCCGGCUGGAAUCAUGACUCGACGCAUGUCAUCCGAUUUCCACUAAACGGAUACUGUCACCUCAACUCAGUUCAGGUACUUGAGAGGUUACAGCAAAGAGGGUUUGAGAUUGUUGGCUCAUGUGGAGGUGGGGUGGACUCUUCCCAAUUCAGUGAAUACGUACUGAGACGAGAACUCAGAAGGACAUCUCGUGCACCCUCCGUCAUUCGAAUAAAGCAAGAGCCUCUGGACUAAAAUGGACAUGUUUCUUUAUGCAAAAAAAAAAAAAAAAAAAAAAAAAAGAAAAGAGAAAGGAAAAAAAAGGGGGACAUUUCAUGUGCAGUUUGGACUCCAAACAAGUCUCGGAACUAAAAUUGAAUAAAAGACACAUUUAUAUCAAAUAUAGAGACCACACCUGAAUUCAUAUGGGAACAUUUGGAAUGGUAGUAAUAAUAAUAAUAACCUCAAGGUGUAAAAGAAAACACACACACUCACAUAUAUAUAAAAAAUAUGUAUGUAUAUGUAUGUAUGUACAUAUAUAUAUGUAUGUAUAUGUCAAAGGGUAGGAAAUGCAACAACAAAAAAAGUGGUAGAUGAGGUUGGUGCUGUGAUGGCCAUUAAGUGUCCUAGGCCUUACUUGGGCUCACUUAACGGUGUACAAGCCAUUACCAUUGGGGGGAUACAUAGACUACUCUUCACCCAUUUUCCAUUGCCAAACAGCCAUCCACUUUUUAAUGUGUACACACCUUGACUCAACUUUAUUUGCAUAUGGAGGUUUAUGUCUGUCUUUUUUAGAGGUGGAUGGGCAGGUGUUCAGGAGAUGACCAUCCAUUGCAUUGGAAAGCUAGUCGACUGAAAUUUUAAAUGUAGUUUGUACAGAAGUCGCACACUUUUUGUCUGCCCUCACAGAUGUGAAAGGUUAACUUUUCUUUUGAAUGAGUUUUUUUGUUGUUUUUGUUUUGUUUUGUGUUUUUUCAAAGGGGGCCAGAAUAAUUAAUAUUUGGUAGAGAUGCUCUGGUUUGAAUCUGCUGCUUUCCUACAAUUUUUUCAAAUUUUAUAAUGUAUUAAAUACAAUAAACUCUGUUUAAAAUAACGAGGGUCUGAUUUAAGCUAACAGGAGCAGAGAGGUGGGGUUUAGCUCACUGCACUCUAGCGUGUGGCGUGGCGGCCGGUCUGGCAGGCAGCGGGCGGGCAGCACUGCCCGCGCACAGUGGAGUGAGUUAAAGGCAGCAGACGCUGUUGCAGGAUCUGUCUGGCGUGCCGCACGUUGCUGGUCUUCCUUCAGCGCUGUCCUUUUUAAGCUCUGUCCUGGUUUGAAGAGAGGCUGUUGGUCAGAGUUAAAAAUAACACCAGCUCAGGCCAGGGAAACCCAUCAAAAAAUGACGGCUGGUUCUGUAACCUUCAAUGUAACAGUGAACAGUUGCAUCCUUCCCUCUUGCCUAAGGAGUUGGCAGCUUCAACUCUGCAAGCUCUUGCCCUGCUGAGUGUUAGUCAGCCUGUUUGUUUUUAACAUUGUUCAUUUCCCUUGUUUAAAGCUAGUGUUCUUCUGCCUAGAGAGUGAGAUGGUCAGCCCCUUGUGUUACGCCAUCGGCUGCAUUGCUCUUAAUAGCAGGCGGUAAAUCUAUGUCCUGCAUUAGAUGUCCUGCGAGUUGUUCUCUUGCAGAGUCUCACCGAGGCCACCUCUGCAGCUGCCUGGUUCGGGCAGGUGAGAUUUUGCAAAGGCACCACGUCACGAUACCGCUGCACGGACCGUUCACGGGUUGAUGCUUUCACCACCUAAGAUGCACCAGCAACCACCACCGUUCCUCCAAAGCAUCUUUUUAUGCAAUAUUCCAGAAUAUGACUGUGUAUUCAUCCUAGUAUGGAAGUUUCUAUUGAUGCAAUGGUGCCGGCGUUCCAUUCAUUUUGGUGACACUUUGCUAUUUAUUUAAGAAAAGAAAAAAAAGAAAUUGUUAAAUACAUGUAACAAGGUUUUUAAUAUAGUCUGAUAACUCAAAAAAAAAAGCUACCAUUUUUCUGGAUUUUAUUAAAAGGUGUCAGAGGGCAUGCUUAAAUAACUCUCUGGCAGCACAUAUCAAUGGUUUUGAAAUUAUUGAAAUGUGGAAAUGGGUGAGGGAGGAGGCUCCAAAAAUUAAGGUUCAUUAACGGGUUAUUAGAUCUUCAAUGUGAUGCUGAUCUGUCUAUUCACAGUACUGAAACAGCUGCCUCAUUGAAAAAGCUUGUUUUCAAUUAGCAGCAAGUAGUCCUCUUUCUUACAAAAUAAACAAAUGCUUGCUCUUACUGCCCACAAUUUGGUUGUUAGUUUGCAUAGAAGUCGGAAAGCUCAAACCCUGGGAAAUAAAUAUUUUUAACAGAUCUUCAGACUGUUGGAAGUGAUAUGAAAUUUGUGAUGUCGAAAAAGAUGCCAGUCCCCAUGGGUUGAGAGUACAUGGGUAGCAGUGCAAGGCGACAUGAUGUUUCAGAGACUGUUUGCUCCAGGAGCCCUCCCUGCGCUUCCAGGUGGAGCCUCACUUUCUGGGGCCUCCACAGUGUACCCGGGGAUAUGUUUACACUGUCUGUUAAGCCCAAAGGUACUCUCAAAUCCAGACCUGCCCUGCUAGCCGCCGUGUUUACAUAUGGGCACAUGCUCUGGUGCAGUCUGGAGCCGGGGGGCGGGGGGGCUACAGCUCCUUUCCCUGCUCCCUGCUGCUUGGCCAGCAGGUACCCCAAGCCUGCCUGGCCAGGAGCAUCAGCGGCCCUGAAAUCAGCCCCCCAGCACCUGCCCCAGCGCUGGCAGCGCCCACGCCACCCACAGCCUUUGCAUAGGCUGGGUAGGGAGGGUGAGGAGCUUUGCCACUAACGCUUUUCAUUGUGUUGCUCCAAAAGCCGUCAGGUUGUGCUCAGCUGGUGGUUUUGCUUGUUCAGCGCAUACCUGUCCGACUCAACGACACCUUCGUGUUCCUCCCAAAUCCCUGACUGGCCGGGUCACCCUCCCACCGAGCCUUCGUUCUUUGUUGGUGGAGUCAAAAAUCACUCCAAGACUCUGAAUGUAAAUGUCUCUGCGAUUACAAUGUGGUCAUGGAGUAAGAGGUCAUGAAUAAACAAAGCGAUGGCUGAUAAAAAAUGGAUGCAGGAAUAAGCUAGAUGUAGACUUUUAGAGAGCAAAUGAGAUUAGUCCUGUUUACAAUUGAGACUUGUAACCAUGUGUUUUUAAAAUGUUCUUUCAAAAAACUGAUCAACAGAUGAAUGAGCAAUAGAUCCAGGAAGGGGGGAGCAAGGGGAACCAAGAAGGACCAGAUUACGGUCAGCUUGUUUCUGGGGGUUAGUAAUUUUGACAUGUACAGUAGUUUAAAUUUAUCUAAUUUUUUAUUAAAAAGUAUGACUCCAUUUUAUGCUCUCAGUGGUGCUGUAUUUAAUAGCAAGAGGAAGAGCUGCAGUGAACAGUAGCUGCCAACAUUGUACUUCAACCACUUGGUUAAGCAGCUGCCAGGAGAACUGCUGUGGACAUGCAGAGAUUGCAGAUGCCACCUAACACCCCUUCCCACAAUGAGACACAGGCAGAGGAACUGGGUCUUCACCUUUUCUUUUGGUAACAUGAACACUGGAUUUCUGCAAUAACCAUUGACCCAGGGUUUAGUUCUUCCCCUAUUGUCUCCUUAGUGUACCAAACAGCUACAGAAUGUAAGUAUGGAUCCUGGCACGCUUGGGUGAACCUUUAAACAGCGAGUUGAAGACCGAGUUAAUUUACCUUGCACCAGAGAAAGUGAAGUAAGUCCCACUUAGUCGCUAGGUUAAUCCGUUUUUCAAGAAGCACUGCUUAUAAAUAGAUGCUGCUAAUUUAUUCUAUCUCCAGGUACUUAUUGGCCAGAUAAUCUGGCCUGGCAAAUGUUUUUCCUCUCUAUUGCCACAUGUCUGGAAGAAAGCUGAUCAUUUCAGUGCUUGACUGUCACAAGCAGGUAUAGUUGAGGCAUUGGUUUUUGAUGCCCAAUAGAAUCCGUAACAAAAUCCAAUGGGGACAACCUACUACCCUCUGAAAACAUGAAAGUUGAGCUACCUAUUCAAUUACUUUUCUUUAUGCUAAACAGGCACUGAUUUCAAUUUGAAGAGAAACAUUUUGUUCAUGACCAUAAUUUUUUGCAGCAACCUUUAAAAAUUGAUUGCUAUACUGAUUACAGGGGCCUUACUGUCACCCAAAUGACUUGUCAAGUGCAUUUUUCUUUAAUGUUCACAUUUUUGGGGACUUGGGGGAGGAAGGGUUUGUUUUUUGGGGGGUGAGAAAAGAAUUUUUAUUGACCAAUCGUGGGUUUUUCAGAAAAAUAAAAACAUUUAUUUCCAUCUGUCA